UCAGAAUGCUGGGCACAGUCUUCAAUCGGUUUGAAUGUUCCAAAGUCCGUGGACGCCACCGUUGGAGACUCCGCCAUCAUGCGAGCUGACUUCGACACCACAAAACGUAUCGCCUCUGUUGUAUGGACCAAAGUCGACUCGAUGGACAAAAUGAAGAGAACACAAGUCUUUACCUACUGGCCUCAUUUCGAUUCUUCCACUGCCCACGGGGACUAUAACGGACGCGCAAGGCUUGAUGGUCGCGGUCAGGGGUCAUUGGUAAUUGAUGACGUCGCGGAGGAAGACGAAGGGACGUACAUAAUCACUGUGUCGGCGGAGGGACUUCCGAGUGAAGAGGCAUUUGUUGAUCUCAUAGUGUUGGUUCCCCCAUCAGUGUCGGUAGGGCCAUCAGAUCCUUACGUCACUUCCUGGGGCAGGGGUGUCACCCUGACAUGCGCAGUAAGAAACGCGAAGCCCAACGUCACAAACAUCUACUGGCAGAGAAAUGGCGCUUUGAUUGACAGCAGGAUGUUUGACACAAAGUAUUCUGGCGGGAAUCUGCAACGUCCAGACUUAGUCAUACGUCACGUGACCAGAGGGGACAAGGGCGUGUACAAGUGUAUAGCUGAUCACAUUGUUCGGACCAGCAGCGACUCUCUCAGCUUGGAUGUACUAUAUCCCGCUACUAUUGUCAGCAUCUCCGACUCGCAGACCGUGAAUACAGACGACAGGGUCAAGUUUCAGUGCGUUGCCGAGGGCAACCCGCCUCCAAACAUCACGUGGACGGUGAACGGGAUGCGCGUGCGCUCUACGACGAAUUCGAUGACACGUGACGUGCGCACGGGCACAGUUGUUCUGGACAGAGUGCGGGCAAACGCAACAGGAACUUACGUAUGCACUGUCAGCAAUAACGUUGGGGAGAGCGAUGUCAAGUCACUACAACUGAAUGUAAAAGCGUUUUGGCGAGGGGAUGCCAGCAGCAGGGUUGCUAUCUGGGUGGGAGCCAUUGCCGGAGGUCUGUGGUUCGUGAUCUGUCUGGGACUGGUGGUAUACUUUAUACAGCGGAGGAGAAACAAGGAGGACAAGAAACGGUUCUCCUUCUACUACAACAUGGGACGGAGGGAGCAGGGUCGGCUGGAGGAGAGGUUUGGAGAGGAGACACUAGAAGUCACACGGCAUCCUCACCUCAAACUACCCUGUAAACCAAUCUCACCGACAACCCCGGGAGGUAUCGAGACCAUUCGGCGAACCACAAACAAAGGGAGUACCAGAAGAUAUGCUAGGGUUCUGCACCCGUAUCAUCCUCAAGAGGGGAACGAACUUUAUUUGGAGGCAGAUGACGUCAUCGAGGUACUGGAGGGGGAAGAUGGCGGCUGGUGCCUGGGUUACCUGAGCGGCAGGAUAGGCCUGUUCCCCUCCAACUACGUCAAGUUUCUGUCCGCAUCAGAAGGUCCACAAAUAUCAGCGGCAAAGCUUUCUGAUGGCGCAUGGGCAGAUGGAUGUAAAGAGUCUCCCAAGAGAAGUGUGUGACCUUCAUAACAAGGAAAGUGACGUUGCAUCCACAAGACUGUUAAGCAAACUGUGAUCUGGAUCUUUCCAGGCGUAUCUACUAACGUGGCAUUAGUCAUACUAUCAAAUGCUGCUGUAAUGUGGUUUAUUCGAUUUCAAGAGUCUAGACAAAAGAAUUUUUCCACAACACAAGAAAAAAAGCUUGUCAUUAAAAUUAUCUAUGAGGUAUCUAAGAGGACGGAUUUUAUCCUUCAGAACUAUCCGGAGAGCUGCUAUUGACCAGCUGAACUAUCAGGAGAGCUGCUAUUGACAAC